ACUCCCCGGGACCGGACCUCGGAUCUCCGUCCCGGGACCGGACCCUGCCCCCCCAACUCCCCGGGACCGGACCUCGGAUCUCCGUCCCGGGACUGGACCCUGCCCCCCCAACUCCCUGGGACCGGACCCCGGAUCUCCGGAUCUCCAAGUCCCGGAUCCUGGGCGCGGGCAGCCCCCCAAGUACCUGACCCCGUCCCGGGACCCCCAACUUGGCUGGGACUCCUGAUCCUGGCCCCCAGGGAACCCCCGCCCGCAUGAGAGCUCCCAGCUCUGCAGAAAUCCCCCACCCCCGGACAGCAAGGGUUGGGGGAGCUGGACCCUCACUGAAUGCAGGGCUCGGAGACCCCGGCUGGGGGGGCUGGUAUUCAACCCCCUCCCAGGUCACGCCUGCCCCCACCCUGGGCACAUUUCAGGUCACGGGCAUGGCAUCUAUGUACCAGCCCUGCCAGUUCUCUGUUCAGCCGUGGGGGCUGGGGGGAAACGGGACCCCAAUUCCUAAUGCAAACAGCAAGCAGGACGCCUCUCUCCAGUCGGGCAAAAAGGGUAGGUGCCUAUCCCCCACCCCCCUCCGCAGAUAUCCUGUAAGGGGAGGGCACCGGAGAACAGGGUAAGAUUGGGCAGAUAACCCCCCCACAGCACCAGCCCCUCACCCUGCCACAAGGCCUAUGCAAACCCACCCCAGGUGCACCCCCCUAAGCGUGGCGAAUCAAUGGCAUCUCCAGGCAGGCCUAUCCUGGCUCCCAGCCCCGCCAGCCCCAUACCCAGCUGCAGCCCCAGGCCUCACUCUCCUCCCCAUCAGGGACGACUACGACCGGGAGAUGAAGCAGGCCAAGGAGAAGGUGAAGAAGAGGCACACGCCGACCCCACCCCGGCCCAGGAAACCCGACCAGCAGGUGUACCACCCCUGCCGGAGAAGUCGAGCUGACCCAGCCUGUGGCCUAGAGUACGAGGGGUCUAGCGAGAGCAGCUCCAGCACCGAGCCAGACCCCCGCGGCACAGAGCUCUUCUGCCUUGAGUAUGAGGCCGACAGCGGCGAGGUCACCUCGGUCAUUGUACACCAGGACGACAGCCCUGAGGAGGUGACGGAGAAGGUCUGUGCCCGGAGCCCGCUGGAGCCGCCCCUACGUGAGGCCCUGAGGCAGCGGGUGCAGGAGGAGCUGCGGAAGCGGCGGGCGAAGCGCUGAGGCCCGUGGUGGCUGUGCUGGGUGGGGAGCUGGGCGCAGAGGGGGAGCUGCGGCACCCUGGCUGGGGGGGUUGGAAGCUGUGACCCCGGGGAGCGAGAACCCAGCUGCCCCAAGCUCCCACAGACUUGCUGAGCAGGUUUGUUCUCUGCCGCUCCCAGCCACCCCCAGCAGCCAGGGCCCAGCGCUGGUGCCCCCAGGAGGAGCUGGCUGCUAGGUUGAGAUCCUGAGCGGGGCGGCCUGGGGGUCCUGGGAACUGGGGCAGAUGAAGCCCUGGGCACAGCCUGUGGGGGAGGAGUCUUGCCCAGCCUGGUAAUGCCUGGAGAGUGCACCGGUGCUGACAGGCCCCAUGAAGCCACUCUGCCCCUAUGGUCCUCCAGCCUCCCCUCCCCCAGGAUCCCCCCGCCCCGCUCCCCUCAAGGUCCACCCACCCCCAGCCUCCCAUCCCCCUAGAGUCCCCCUGUCCCCAUUCCUCCUGGCUCCCCUGUCAACCUGCCCCCUGACUUCCAUGCCCCCAGGGUCCCCCAUCCCCAUUCCCCCAACUCCCACCUCCUGGGGUCCCCUAUUCCCCAUUCUAUGGGUGGCUGAGCUGCUCCCUGUUCUGGCUUAGUUCCUGCGGGGGGCUCACACCCAGGCAGACUGUUUUGUUUAAGGGAGCUCUGUGGCUGGUUGAAGGUGCCAGGCUGUUGGCCAGCACACAGCAUGGGACCUGGCAACUGGGGCGGUGGCCAGAGGGCACUGGGAUUGGGCUGGUCCCUGAGAGGUUCCCAUGAGCUCCAUGCCCCCACCCAGGCAGGAAUGUGCCACUGAGCCCUUUAGGGGACGCCCUGUGUCCUGAGUGGGGGAACCGGCCGAACCCCAUUGGGUCUGCCCUACACGCAUGGUGAAACUGCCCCCUCGGCGCCGGGCUGCGUCAGGCGUCUCAGCUCUAGUGCCCGUUGGCCCCGGGGCGCUGGAGAAAUGAAUGAGCCCCGUGCUCCAGUGCCAUGGCCAGCCAGGCCUGCCCCAGGGAGCUCUCGGCACCAGGACCGCAGGGCCCUGUGCUCGCGGCACCAAUAAACAUCCUGACAAAACAGAA